CGUAUGUCGUCAUCGUUGCCGUGCAUCGCACCGUGUUUUCAGUCACUCUGUGACGCACACGAUAACGGUAGUGUGUUUGUGCACGAAUUGUUUUGCCGCGUAAGUGACUGAUUACGGCGAUGCCAAGCGCAGGGGGGAAGAUUGGAGGUUCUGUGUCGUCAACUAGUAAAUUGGUUUGAUAGUGCACACAAAACAUACUUUCCAGCCUACACAAACUAACAUAGUUCAACUGUUUCCGGAGAUGAAGAACCGCUUCAAUUCCCCCUUGAGAAAACGUUAUAUUUUUGGAUAUUCUGUGUGUUUGUACUCACCCGUCUCCUACAAACAAACGGGUUCGCUACAAACACAUUAACAAAUGCACGGCAUGUAACCGUGGUGGUUUGAGGUGUGCUCGAGCUGAUGGAGGCGCGACAACACGAGACAGACCAUCGAGAGUCAGAGUACACGGUAUGAUAUUGGUAGGUCAGUGUUUUAGUUGACCCGAUAGUUUCGCAGCGUGUGGAGGGUUUGCGCUGUUGCUGGCUCUCUGACACUCUGUGCCUGUGCUGUACCGCGUUUCGUGUUUUAUUGCCAACGGUUUGGCGAGCACCAGCGGGAGAGUGGGUGUCUUCAGCUUCAACUUGAAUGCUAAAUUUAUUUCUACUCCGUGAAAAAAGCAUAGACGGGGCGAAAGUCGUUUGAUCCUGGCCAUAGAGUGAUAAUUAAACAAGUGGAAAAUGACGCUAAAGUGUUGAACGCAUUAGCAGAAUGCUUGGAAUCGUUCAAGAAGGCUACGGUGUGGAUUGGUACGCUUCUCUCAUCGGUAGCGCACGGGAAACGAGGCUCGUCGAAUCGAUCGUUAAAAUGGUGACAGAGUGCUGCUAAAAGUGAGGUGUACGUCACGGUGUAUCAGGUGUACGGUGUUUGCAUGUGUUGAAGGAAAAUCACAAUCUCCGAGAGUGAAGCCUUCGAACCGGAAGCUAAAACGGAACGCUAAACGUGUACGGAAGUGUAUAUGGUGAGGUGGCUGUGUGUGUCUGUGAAUGAAUAAGAGUAAAAAGUGGAUAAAAAGCCCCAUUACUCAAACUGUGUGUGAAUGAGAAAGAAUAUAUAUUAAAAAAAACAACCGGGUGAACUUAAAGUGCACAUCUCGGCGUGGUGCUGGAGUGUGUACAUAAUGCAUCCGGUGUGGAGCAGUGCUGUAGUUAAGGGAUCGUCCUCCAGUGAGACAACACUGCAAACCGUCGAGGCAUUACCAGUGGGGAAAUGGUACCGAUAAAAGGAAAGAUGUGGUGAAAAAAAUAAGAAGGCACUGGGAUAAGAAUCUAAAUACUAAUCGAGUACGGGAAAGGCGGCUUGUACAGUGAAGGAGGGCCUCUGACGAGUGUGUUGUAGAAAAAGGAGCAUUUUCUUGCCCUGAGACAUUGUCCAACAAGAGUUUUUCAGUGUGAGUGUUACGUGUGCAGGCGGGGUCAUAGGUGUAAAAUGGGCAACUACUGUAGUUCCGGACAGACCAAAAAGGAUAAGGAUAAUGUGUCGGAAAAGUCCGAAGAAUCACCAUCUUAUCAGCUGGCGGAUAAAAAUAAGGGCAAGGGGAACGAUGUAAAGGAGGCUCCGCUAGCGGCUCCGGAAGUCACAUCGGAUGCAUCGGGCACGGGCCAAAUCUCAAACAGCUCCAACGUUACCAAUGGCUGCAACUCGUCGACCGUGGCUGGAGGGGUGGGCGUGGAUGGGGCCAGAGCUCAACCUAAAGCACUCCAAAAUGUGCAAUCGAUGACACUGUCAGACUCCACCGCCAACAGCCCGAUGACCGUGUCGCCACCAUGUGAUAUACCGCCAGUGCAUCAAAACUUACCGCAAAACCUAACACCACUGUACGGCAAGCCGACUACUAACAGGCGCACGGAUAAGUACAAAAAGAUCGUUCUCUACAUACUGGCCGCAGACGAUGGAUUUCAAACAGAAAAGGCCAUGCUGCGAGAGGUGUUUAAGGGGCUGAACCAGAAAUGCCAGAGCCGCGGAUUUGAGCUGCAUGUGGCCGAUCUGCAUGUGCAGCAGCCCAAGGGGAACAGCUUCGACGUGAACAAGUGGUUCCGAGGACCGCUCGAGGCACAGGGCGGUCACGAGCUGGCAGCGAACUGUUUGGCCGAAAUUGCCCGCCAAUCCUGUGACUCGUACCUUAUUCCGGUGCUGUUCCUCGGUGGCACGCUGGGCGAUCCGCUGCUGCCACUGACGAUCGAAAGCCAGGACUUUGUGGCGGCCCUGCAGAUGGCUGAGCGGAAUCCGGCGGAACGAGCGAUACUGGAGAAGUGGUACGUGCUGGACGAUAAAUCGCAGCCCGCGUGCUAUCGGUUGAAUGCAACUGCCCCACCGCCCAUGUCUUCAGAAGAGUCGCAGAAGGAACUUGCGCUACUGCUGCAAACGUUGAUCGAUAUAUUUUCGAAGGAGCUGCGUGACUCUUAUCUAACCACCGUCGUAGAACAGGAAAUCAACAACACCGUUUUGAUCAGCCAAGAACUAUCGAAACGUUGCAUCUGGAUCCAGAGCACAGUAGCAGCACUUAAAACGGAAGGCCAAUCCUCUGUAGAAGCGGAAAUGGUGCGAAGGUUAACCAACAUCCAGAACGAUCUGAAGAAUCAACUGUCCGAGAAGCACAUCAUUCGCAUCCCGGCCAAUAUCGCCCAACCGCAGCAGGAACAGUUUGGAGCGAUGCUGGACACUUGCCUAUCGCUUGAGAUUGAUGCAAUUAUCGAUGAGCACGUUAGCAAGUACUCCAUUCCACACUGCACGCACGGUGUCGAUCGACGUUUGUUGAGUGAGCUGGAGGAGGUCAAUCGGCACUCGCGUGUGUUGAACGAAAAUUGCGCCAACUUCAGCACGACUGAGCGGGUGCGCGAGUAUCUAACGUCGGCCCGGGGCAAGCCGCUUGUUGUGUACGGGCCGAUGGGUGCUGGAAAGAGUGUCUUUAUGGCGAAACUGUCACAAAAUCUGCACACUUGGCUGCCCGAUUCUCAUCUAGUGAUAAGAUAUGCCAACCUUACUAUGCAAAGCUCAGAUGUUACCGGUCUGGUGGGUUCGAUAACGGAGCAGAUAUCAGUAUUAAUCAAAGGAGUACCGACACGAUGCCAGCAUACCGUUUCAUCAUAUUCCGAGGUACUGAAGUCAUUGCUGGAGAGCUCGAAGCAGCAAAUCACCAUCCUGAUCGAUUCGAUCGAUGCGUUGCGUGACGUGGAAGAUCUUGACUGGUUGCCGGUAACGCUGCUGGACAAUGUGAAGUUUGUGCUGACGGUUAGUUCCGCUAGCACUGGGCAUGAUCUGGCGAAUGCCGAAAGUCGCGUGCUGCAGCGCCUUCGUGAACGGAUUGGAGACGAUAGCUGCUUCCUGUAUCUCACACCCUUUACUCAGGAACAGUGGGAGGAUGUGCUGUGUUUCGGAGGAGGCGAUAUUUACGCUGCCAACGGUGCAUUGCAGCUGCCAGAAAGCUGGAAGAAAUCAGACGAGAAGAUUUCAAUUCAAGCCAAGAUUCUCUGGUGGCUCGGCUGGCUUGGCAUUACCAACCUUUCAAACACCUCCGUUUCACACAUCAGCGAGCGAGUGUUUGUGAUUCUGGAGGAAAAGUUUACUGCCCCCAUCGUGAGGCUGAUCAUGUCGUUGCUGCUCGCUUCGCGGGAAGGACUGCUCGAGACGGAAAUCAUUACACUUAUUAGAAAUUCUAACUUAGUCACCGGAUCAACAACAAAACAGUGGACACAUUUUUGUUGGAAGAUGGGACCACUAUUUCUUCACAAUAAGAACAUUAUCGUCAUCGAUAGGACACUGCGGCAGGUGGCAGAAAAGCGCUACGAGGCCGACAUUAAGCAUGCGCAUCAAAUUCUGUACGACUACUACGAACUGCAACCAACCGUUUUUCUCGACAAGAAGGGUAAAGAGAAGUGUUUUAACUAUAGGAAGAUAGUUGAAUUGCCCUACCACAAGUACAAGCUCGAUUCGACGGCAACCGAUAGCGCCAUCUUUUCCAACUCUCCGUACCUGACCGAUCUAGUCUGGUUGCAAGACAAACUGAUCGCUACCGGAUGUGUUCAUGUUUUAAACGACAUUCGUCUAGUAGAUAGUGCCACCAGUGCUGGUACUCACGUGGCCCUGCUGAAAUCGCUUAUUGAGACGCACUUUAAGGCCCUGAACUAUGACGGUAAUCAGUUAUACUCGCUGCUGCAUCCGGUAUUGGUAGCGGAACAGCAGCGACCCGGUUCUCCCUAUGCGAACAAUACAGUCGUACAACAAUGGCUGAAGACUAUCAACAACAGCACUGUACCGUUCCUGGAAAAGUUGGUGUUAGCUGAGGGGGGAGACGAGGAGGAAAAGCAAGCAGUUGACAACAUGCCGAACGUGGUUGGGUUCGAUCUGAUCAUGAACCUGAGCAUUGAGGGGUACUUUGUCAUUUCGCUUAGCACAGAGCGGGAAGAAAUCUGCGUGUGGGACGUAGCAAAAUGCCGUAAGGUACGCACACUUACUGGUGUACCUCAACCAUCAGCAAUAUGUCCAGUUGGUGAUUAUGGUGUGGCGGUUCUGUGUCGUCGUGAGAUUCGCAUUAUCGAUCUGAACGAAGGCAGAUUCAAGGUGACACUGAAAGGUGUCAUGAACCAGAAGAUGCCCUACUUUGGUCUGCACGAUCCGGCGCAUCUCGUGUGUCUAUCGCGUAACCGCAUGUACGUGAAUCUGAUGAACAUUGAGUCGGGUGACUGUGUCACAACGUUCAAGGCGGGUGAAGAUCGGUUCUUGAAUUCACUCCUAGUGUCGGGUGAUGGGAGAAUUCUUGUGUGUGGUGAUGAAACACAGAAACCGUUCCCGCUGCUGGUGUGGCAUUUGUCGCAGAAGAAGCUGCUAUACGAUCUACGCAUACCGCAUCACGAUUUUAUCACUUCACUGUCUGCUAUUACGCACGAAGGCUCAUACGUGUGUGUGGUUGCGAAGGAGCUGGCAGAACCAAGCCCUAACUUUAUCGUGGUGUACGAUCUACAGAGCGGCACACUGUUCAAGAAGUGGAAACCAUCCUGCAACACGGUAUCUCUUGCCAUAUCGCAAACUAACACCUGUGUCAUUGCUGGACUCGAGGAUGCAAGAAUUUUAAUCUGGGAUCUGGUGACUGGUAACUGCCGAAGCACCCUGGUCGGGCACAGUGCCCCGGUAACCUUGUUGAAGAUAGAUCCUACGGGCAAGAUUCUGUUAUCUAGCGAUAAAGAGGGACGCGACAUGUCCAUACGGCUCUGGCAGCUCGAUAGCGGCAAUCUGCUGGCGGUGUACACCCCGGAGGAACGUAUCACGACGUGUGAAAUUCUUAGCGGUGGCUCCUAUCUGGCACUUGCAUUGGAGAACCGUCACAAUCUGAUCACGCUGAAGCUUCGCUCAGGUAAAGAUGGAUCCACAGCCGAUGAAGAUCGAGCAGCGACAGUAUACGGCAAUUCCGAACACGAUGGUAAGCAGUUUGAUCUAAAGCAGUAAUAAUGAGGAGGACGGUGAGUCCUAUCCUUUUCGAGUACCCUUUGACGAAUGAAUCUCCCCAAAACGAGUGAAGGUAACGAUAAUGGAUUGUCUUCGGUAUAAGAAUGUAAGUUAGAGUCAGAAGUAUGGCACAAACGCAAACGCAAAUUUAAUUCAUCCAUUACAAACCCAUCUCCUAUGGUUAACAGAGUCGUCGUGGUAAUAGAAUCGAAAUGAUUGCGUAUUCGGAGCAAUGUUCAUGGAAAAACGUAGAUAAAUAGUAGUGCAAAUGAUUGACAACCAGACGCAAACUGCAUGUAAAUUCAGCUUCAUAACACAAAAAAGAACACAUAUUAAAAAUAAUUGCACCCUAGCCAUUGUGUCCCGCGCAGCAUACAACCUUGAGUGUGAGCGAUUCUAAAUCUUCAUCAAACAUCUUACAGCAAAGUAUGCGCGGUAUGAUUAUCUUCCUUCAUAGAGUAAACAUGGAUACCGUAGGAAAUGAACGAUGUAAUGACACUGCAUGAUGCAGUUGUUAGUAAGAAUGGCGUUAGUACUCAUCGGUACUGCUCACAUACGACCUGUAUCUGUGUUUUAAUUAGGAGAAUGUUUUUCUGUACAAACUAUAUGUAACUGCUGAACCGAGUUUGACUCGAUCGCGAAUGUAACUCGCGGCAUUCAACUGAGAUCGCACAGUCAUCGCUCAAAAAGUGGCUAAUGUGGAACCCCUCAUAACGAGUACCCCAUAUUAUGAGUUUUUCCCCGCAUCAUGAGCAAAUCUUAAUGGUCAACAAAUACCUCUCUUAACGAGUAAAAUCUCACAUAAUGAGCAAUAUCAUUUGUGUUCCUGGUCUGUUUCAAGCAUCAUUCGGACAACAUUGUGGCUCUACAGAAAUAGUGAGCUACAAAUGUCUUCCAAAUUAUAAGUAUUAUGAAGAUAUUGUUCAUUUUUCAAAUGCAUUUAUGCGCUUUAUACCAGCACAUUUGCGUUGCUGAAACCAAUUAUUUCACUUUUCAUACAAAUUAUAUGAAAAAGAGCCUCUCGCAUAGCGACUGAGUCACUGAAACGGAUUAAACUCGUUAUGUGGGGUUUCACAGUACAUUAUUUUAACGAAACGGAAGGACGGAUCCUCGUGAUCUACAAGACGGAAGGACGGAGAAACGAUUUCAGUUUUUGAUUUUGACCUUAUUGUUGAACUUUCGACGGCGAAAUUAUAAUUUUCUGCUAUCUGAAUGUGAUCGAAUAAGCAUCGUUGAUUAUUGUUUAGUUAAAUUAAGAAGAGCAAGUGCGUGUGUGUUGUGGUGGAUGUGAUGAGAAUGAAUUGGUUAAUAUUUGGGCUUAGAAAUAAUUAAAAAUUGUAUUGGUUAAGCAAUUGGUUUCGAAGAUAAUUUAAACUAAUUUUUAUGUGAUUUGAUUUUUAUUUAUGUAUUGGCUGUUUGGCUGUUGGAUUGAAAACAUGACAUUUAGCAAGCGCCACACGUUGUUCUACGUUUUGUAUAGUCACAUACUAAAAACCGUGUAUCCAUAAAAACCAUAAUCUAUAAUGUUGCAAACUUUUUCAACCAAUUUUUUACAGUAGAGACCUUUUCGUUUGCGUAUGUUGAAUGAAACUUUUAUGAAACACGAUUUUUUACACAUUUUGGCCUCCUCUUGUGUGCGCAUAGGGUAGGCUGAUAAGAAAAGCAAAAGAAAACAUUAAAUUAAACCUAUCUUAUACACUCUCUGCACAGUCUUAGGAAAUCUGCCAUAGUGCAAUAGUUGUAAAACGUAUCGCGUAAGGUAAGGACAAAAAAAACAGAAGCAAAUAGUAGUUGUCAUAUCUAUUAAAGCAAACGCAAGCAACAUAAGAAACGUUUCGAACCAUUUCACCAUAUAAAAAAGCAGACAUAACAUACCAAUAAUAACAUAUAAUGCAGUUUGAUCAUCGUCUAGAAUGGUAAUCGGCAAAUAGUCCGUAGCUAGCAGCAACAGUGUGCAAUACAACAUUUAUAAUAGUAAAGCCAUAGCAUGAACCGUACACACUCAGCCAAUGCGCAAGUGGUUUCCCUUAGCCCAAGCCUUCUGCCGCCAAUAUCGUGUCACCAGACUAAGCAAAAAUUAUUACCCUUAGAGUUCAUCUCAUCUGGAAUGAGACAUUGAGGCUGGUCCUUGAUAUGAAGUCUUGCAAUGCAAUCCAUCCCACGCCCGGAAGCAAACGCUCCUGAACUCAAUUCAACACUCUCAACGCUCGAGAAACCACCUCCCUAAUUACAGCUGUGAAACAAAACCAGGUACUGUAGAAUAAGCCGACCGUCGGCAGUACGAAACUCGUGUAAACGUUAAGAUGGGUGUGAUAGUUUGAGGUACGAGGUUACGUUACAACCGUAGCAGAAGAUGCUGGUGGGAUGGAUGGUGUAACAAAGAUCGAACACUUUUAAGUAGCUAAAUAGACGUGUAUAUCUUAUAUGUGUGUACGUGUCCCUCAUCCCACGUGGUACCACGAUGAAGAAUAACACUUCUUGUGAAGGAGAGGAAAGGAAAAAGUGAAAAAAUGGGAAUAGAAAUCAAAACAAAGUAACGCCAUACCGUUCGUUGAGAAAGGAAAUGUAGCGCAAAACAAGGGUUAAGUAAACACUAUGCUAGUAUGACAAAACGCACAAGUAAAUGAGGUAAACUAUUAAUAUACGAAGCGAAACAGACAAGUAGAAGGAAACAUAUAUUAAGGAUUGAAAAACUAGAAACAAGAAACGCAACACAACAUAUAAUGCGAUGAAGUACUAUCAAUUUUUAUGUAAAACCUUAUAAGUAAUAUUGUAUUUGUUACUUUUGAUUUAUGAAUGUGUGUAUGUAUUUGCAAGAUGAAAACCAGAAUACAAAACCAAGAAAAAAAUAUUAUACGUAUAUAUAUCACGAAACCGAACAAGUGAAACGUUGUAACUGGAGCAAACAUUAUAAACUGGCGAAAAAGAAAAUGAAUAAUGAAACUGCUGAUUGGA